AUGCGUCUUUCUCACCAAAACGCGUUUUUAACCGUGUGCUUGUUGUAUGUGUGUGCCGUCGCGUCAAGCAAAGGAGCUAACAUCACACUUUCAGUCUCGACGACGGCCAAGUCUCCCGUUUUCAAGCCGGCGGAGACGGGGGACUCUCGCGCUUCCCUCAUCAGCCUGCUAUCCGCCUUUCCGGACGACUUGGAAGUGAGCGACUACUGUAACGACCUGCUGCGCCUCUUUGGUCAACGUUAUGUUGCCUAUAUCAACUGCCUGGUUCCGUCUUCGCGGCCAGUUAAAGUGUGCCAGAACUGCUACGACGCUUACGGUAGCCUGGUGACAACUUACACGAAUAUCUCCUCUGAACAGUUAGGUCCUGCUAAUGAGAGCUGCAGGGACAGCCUUCUACGCAGUGAUCGUCUCAUGGUGGUUUAUCUGCUCUUCAACAACCUAAAGGACUUGUGGACCAAAGCAGGCUGUGACAACUGCAUCACCAAUGGAUUCCUGAGCCUCACUGAUGACACGCUGUACUUCAUGUCCACUCUGAACCAAACUCUUACCUGCUUUGAAAGAUACCAACAGGGCAAUCACACAGAGCUGUGUAAAAACUGUAAGAGCGCGUAUAAGGGUCUCAGUGAACUGUACAGUGGCAUGGAGAAGAAUCAGACAAUGUGUAUUGACAUUGAGGAUGGGAUGAACAUGACCCGCAGGCUUUGGAGUAAGAACUUCAAGUGUUCCUUCCCCCGGGAGGAGACGGUGCCUGUCAUUGCCGUGUCCAGCUUUAUGCUCUUUCUGCCCAUCAUCUUCUACUUGAGCAGCUUCCUUCACUCAGAACAAAAGAAACGCAAGCUCAUACACCCAAAGAGAGCAAAGUCAUACUCCUCCAGUCUGAUGAACAUUCAGGACAAGCAGAGCUGA